CCAGGUGAUUGAGCGGACCAUCGUUCUCCUUACAGCAGAAGCUCAUAACACAGCAGAAGAUGUCGGCUGGUGGAAGGAAGACGGCAUGCGUCACCGGAGGGAACGGUUACAUCGCUUCAGCACUCAUCAAGAUGCUCCUUCAGAAGGGGUACUCUGUCAAGACGACAGUUAGAGACCCAGAUGACAUGGAGAAGAACUCACACCUCAUCGACUUGCAAAGCCUCGGUCCCUUGGAGAUUUUCCGUGCCGAAUUGGACAUCGAUGGCAGCUUCGACGAAGCAGUUGCCGGCUGCGACUACGCCUUCCUCGUUGCUGCUCCAAUGAACCUAAACCCAGAGAAUCCGGAGAAAGAUGUGGUGGAGCCAGCGGUGCGGGGAACGCUAAACGUGAUGAAGUCAUGCGUGAGAGCCGGCAGCGUGAAGCGCGUGAUCCUGACAUCGUCGAUAGCCGCCGUCUCCAGCAGGCCGCUGCAAGGCGACGGGCAUGUGUUGGACGAAGAGUCUUGGUCCGAUGUCGAGUUCCUCAGAGCCUUCGUCAAAUCCGGUGCUUGGGCAUACCCGGUGUCGAAAGUGCUGCUGGAGAAGGAAGCUUGCAGGUUCGCCCUGGAGAACGGCAUCAGCUUGGUCACCCUCUGUCCCGUCGUCACCGUCGGCGCUGCGCCGACCCCCAAGGUCCAGACGAGCAUCCCCAUUAUCCUCUCCUUGCUAUCCGGAGAUGAGACCAUGAUCGAAACCAUGAAACAGAUUGAGAUGGCCACCGGCUCGAUCCCGAUGGUUCACGUUGACGACCUCUGCCGUGCCGAAAUAUUCGUCGCCGAGGAGGAGUCCGCGCGUGGACGGUACAUAUGUUGCAGCCUUAACACAACCGCCAAAGAGAUCGCCCGUUUCCUGGCAGUUACCUACCCACAGUAUAACGUGAACAUUGACCGCGUCGCUGAUCUGGGGGACAGGCCGAGGAUCUGCGUUUCAUCGGCGAAGCUCAUCGGGGAAGGAUUCGAGUACAGGUACAAGACCCUGGAGCAGAUAUACGACGACGUCGUCGACUACGCUAAGGCUACUGGGAUCCUGCCGGCCUGACGGAAAGGAAUAUGUAUGCCGUAGAGGCAAUCAAAAACAGAUAAAUAUGUUUUUUGUUGGUUUGGAUUGCUCAUCAAGCAUUUCGCUCGAUGAUCAAUAUGUUGUCAAAAUAUUAUGUAUGGAACUAGCGUGAUUAACUGCCUUGCUACACUUCUAAAUUAUU